AUGGCCAAUGGACCGGAGUGGUGGCGAGAUGGCAGCAAGCGGAAGGCUCCCGAGGCCAUCGUCCCAAUCCCUCCUUGGGCUCGGGGCGUUGCGCUCAUCGGUAAACACGGCCGUGCGUGGGGGGCACUGGGAAGGCGGCCCCCAGCGCGCAGCUGCCGUCACUACGGCAGUCGGCGCGGCGAUGGCCGGCGGUCUGCUGCUGCUGCUGCGUGCCCGCGUCUGCGCAUAAAAACGAUGCCGCCGCCGCCGCUGCUCGGGACGCUGCUGCUGCUGCUACUCGCCCUCCUGCCCUGGGUCGCCUGCGCGCCCAAGGGCGAGAAGCCGAGCCGUGGCGGCGACGAUGUAGGAGAGGUGGCGCUGCGGGUGCGCGUGGUGGACGCGACGACGCAGCGCGCCGUGCGGCGCUGCGCCGUGGAGGUGCUGGCGGGCCGGCAGCAGGCGCUGGCGUGGGGCGUCACGGGGGAGGGCGGCAGCGCCACGCUCGCCCUGCCCUACCGGCCCGGCGCGCCCUACCUGCUGGCGGCCACGCACCCCGGCUACGUGCACAACACCGUGGCCUGGCAGCCAACCAAGCCCCCAGUGUUCUCGUCGCUGAGCGUCCAGCUGCUGCCGGAGCUGCCCGCGUCGCUGACCGUGUACGAUGACACGAUCGUCAUGACGGGACAGACGAAGAGCGCGGCCUUCCAGCCCAGCGUGCAGCUGCCGGUGGCGGCGCUGGAGCUGCCGGGGAACGCGACGCUCCGGCAGCUCUCGGCGUUCCUCACCGUGGCCGUCGCCGACUGGGAGCUGCGCAGCUUCCCGCACAUGCUCGGAGUCGAAGCCAACGCCACGGGCAACGGCAGCCACGUGGAGCUGAAGCCGGUGUCGGCGGCGCGCCUCCGCCUGGCCACGGAGGAGGGCGCCGAGGUGGAGGCCACGGGGCCCGUGCAGCUGCGCCUCCCCUUGCCGCCUCGCUCCACACUGCGCGAGCUCGACACCGUCCCGGCCUGGAACUACGACCGCCGCGUAGGGGCCUGGCGAGAGGCCGGGCUGGGUCUCGUGACGCGCCAGGGAGGCGGCGACCUCGCGUGGUGCUACUCCGCAACGCGCCUCGGCUACUGGGCAGCGGCCUUCCCACCCCAACCUCCGGUUGGGUUUCUGCCAGGAAUCAUGCUACACAUCUCCAACUACCACACCAUGCUGCUGCUGGCCAUUCUGGGAGGGAUGGCCCUCAUCCUCCUUGGCCUCUUUCUCGUGCUGAUUUGCUACUGCAGGAGGCGAUGCCGGAAGAGGCGGCAGCAGCAGCAGAGGCGCAAGCUGGCCGCCAGCACCGCGCUGGAGAACAGCAAGAAGGACCAGUCGACGUCCAUGUCGCACAUCAACCUCAUCAGCGCGGUGCACAUGGAGACCAUGUCCUCUGCCGGCGAGACCGACGUGCACACGCCCAUGCUUAAGCCGGGCUUCGCGGCACAGCCGCGCGACUUUGCCAGCUCACGGGGCGGGGGCGGGGUGGGGGACGAGCUCCCGCGGCACAAGGUGACGCGGGAGCUGUCGUCGCGCACGCGCAGCACCGCGUGCCGCGACUCCACCGACACGCUGCCCGGCUCGCGCGAGAAGUUCCACCGCUCCACCGACACGCUGCAGCUCACGCCGGCGCACUCCGAGCUGCUGCUGCAGAAGACGCCGGAGAAAUUGGGGGAGGCGCCUUUCAGGCACCUGCACCGCGAGGAGCAGUACCGGCGCAGCACCAGCUCGGACCAGCCCUCCGUCGACGAGCACUCGGCGGCCGGCAAAGUGCCGCAGGACCACCAUCACCACCAACACCACCAGCGUGGCCCCAGCCUGCAGCGGGCCGAGCUGCAAGAGGCCAUCGCCGCUGACAAGAAGUCGGCCGACAACCUGAUGUCGCGGUCCGUGGAUGCUUUGGCCCGCCCGGUGAACCUGCCGGGGCAGGUGACGGGGCAGCUGCUGUGCUACAGCUCGGUGGACCAGAUGAACGACCCGCGCUACCACAAGAUGAUGCAGCACACACUGGUCAUCCCCGCGCACUACGUGCAGCUGCAGCAGCAGUACAUGCUGAACCCGUCCGAGUCGGAGGGUUCCAAGCAGCAGCAUCAGUCGCAUUCGCAGCACCAGCAGUACCAACAGCACCACCAGCACCAUCAGCAUCAGAUGCAGCAGCAGCAGCAGUCGCAACAGCAGCAGCAGCAGAUGUACCCGCAUCCACAUCACCCUCUGCAGCAGCAACAGCAGCAGCAGCAGGAGUCUCCCCGUACAGAGUCCGAUCGCGAGGAGUCUCCGCACAUGGCCGAGUCGAUCUCCAUCCCCGUGACCCUCAGCGAGGCGGCCAUGUCGAAGCUCAACAUGGAGAUCCAGGGUCUGACAGAGAAGCACCUGCUGGACCUGGGCGACCUGAAGCCCAUGAAGCACCCACGCGCCUGGUUCAUCUCGCUCGACGGCCGCUCAAACUCCACCGUGCGCCACUCCUACAUCGACCUGCAGCGCUCUGAGCGCUCCGGCAGCCAGGACGCAAGCCUAGACUCGGGAGUCGACGUUGGAGAGAGCUCCAAGCCCGGCCGCAAAAUCUCCGAGGAGGGGAGGCAGCGCCACCAGUCGUGCGGUAUCGGCGGAGGUGGCGGCGGUGGCGGCGGUGGCGGGGCCACCGGACUCGGCGGUGGCGGCGGCGGCGUCGCCGGAGGCACCGUAUACACGCGUCUGCUGUUCGCCGGUGACCGUAGCGAGAGCGAGACGGCCGUGUGCACGCCCGAGGACAGUUCGCUGAAGCCCCUGUUGAGCGGAGACUCCCGUCGCGAGGACACGCUGGCGCUGAGCCCGGACGACGACGACGAGGACGACGACGACGACGACACCGACGCGCAAAUGCCCACCGAGUACCUGUCGCACCUGCAGAGCCCGCCCGAGUACCACCACGGCGGAGGCAAGGGCCACGGCGACUACAUGGUGCAGACGACGGAGGGCGAGUACGGCGGCGAGCGCAGGAAGAACUCCUCCUCCUACGGCAAGGAGCAGCCGCUGGGCGCCGAGUACGCGAGCGAGCCGCGUCCCGCCAAGGCCGAGCCGCAGCAGGCGCACCCGGGCGUCAAGCACCAGGCCGGCGAGUUCAGCAAGCUGCGCCGGCCCACCGACUUCAGCGGGAAGAUGAAGCGCGCACCGCGCGAGCAGCAGCCGCCGCGCUCGCCCGACGACGGCAGCGAGGACGACCAGGGAGGCGACAAGAAGAGUCCCUGGCAGAAGCGCGAGGAGCGGCCGCUCAUGGUGUUCAACCUCAAAUGAUCGCCCGGGAGAGGGGGAGAGGAGAUGGGGGCAGGAAGGAUGAGAGGAGGAGGAGGAGGAGAAGGAGGAGAAGGAUGAGCAGGAGGAGUGCAGCGGAAGGGCCCCCAGCAAGCCCUUUGUGUCCUUAGCUCUUUCACUUUCACAAACUGCAGCUGAUUUGUUUAAAAUCUGUACCAUUAUUUCUUCUGGUUUUGAGUUACAUUGCCAACUAUUUUAAACCGGUCAAUAGUAUUCUCGUUUUGUGUGCAGCUGUUGGCAAGAAGGGGUGACGUCGUAUGAAUGCAGUCAUGGGAAUUGUGGUGUUUUAGCCACGUACUCCCUGCCACUGCAUGGCACCUGCGACACCAAGCCAGUAAAAUCCCACUCCACUUGCAGCUGUGUCAAAGCUGCUUUCGCCAAUUACCUGUCCUGUUCGUAUAAUUUUCGAAACAAUUUAAGCCGUUCAGUAAUGCUCAUCCCGUUUAGAUCGUAACAAAUCUUGAUUUGUUGUGUCACCAGCCAUUUAAAUAAACAGCAAAACAAAUUUGGCAGGCUCUUCGGGGGCAACAUGGGGGCACGUGGAUGGAUGUACGGAUUGCUGAAGUCAAAUAUAAGCACACGGGACACCAAGCAGGAACGUAUUGUCAGAUUUCUAAUUCUACUUUUGCCGAGUGCAGCAGCGUAAGUCGUAAAGGAGCAUGGGUUUGUAGAUAAAGUGUGUAAAGAAUCGUAGAUGACGUGAUGAAAGGGAGUGUCGAGUGUGCAGAUUCAGGGACCGUGGAUUGAUAUCGAUCUGAUGCUUCGUAUCUAUUUCCCAGCGUAAAGACACGAUUAUAAUUUAGCUUUUACGGACAACAAUGCCACUUAACGCAUAGUUUUGACUGCCUGCGUAGCCAUCGUAGGAGUGUUGUGUAAAUUGUUCUUUCGUAAUUGAUGUGUGGUGUUUUUUAAAUCCAUCGAGGCCAAUGCUGUAUAUGCAUUAUGUCUAAUGUAACCAAUUUUGUAGCCCGUCACUUGGGACAUUUUUUUGUUAAUUGUGCUUUUGGAUAUUUUGCUAUAUUAGCAUUGAGCGCACAAGACACAGCUUUGGUGUUAAGUUUAGCACAAAGAUUAUUAUUUCAAGCUUAUUUAACUCUACUGUACCUUGAGCUUCUGACUAAAGAUUGCGUUGUAUAAUUACAGUGCUGUUCCAUGAUGCAGCCUUGUGGGUGGCUUUCGUUUCUCCGACGCUGACGCAUUGCUUUUAUCGUGCAAAAUUUCUGCUCUAUUCUUAAGUGAUUUGGCGUAAUUAUUCCCGGGCCCGCAGUACGUCGGGCGCGUCGCUUGCGAGCAUGGCAAACAGUCUCCCGAGAACGGUAUAGCCCUCGACUCCCUUCUUCGGCCUGGUGACGGUCAUCGCCGAAACAUAAACAGUAAGAGGUAAAAAUGAUAAAAUAGAUGGCGAUGGUCAGUAGAAUUCAAGCACGCAACUACAUUCGGCUACGUCCACUCAUCUGCUCCUUCGAUGACCCGGACCAGUGUUGAUGCUCAUCAAUGAGCUCAAACGGAAUGUUAAACGAGUUCGUGAAUCUCCAUAUGAGCUUUGGGCGGUGCCCAUAUCUUGCCAGUGCUAAACCGGCAGUAGAGAUUCCACAUUUCUAUGGCUGGGAUCAAUUUAAAUGUACUUAAUUAGUAAGAGACCCAUAGUGUGAUCCAUUAUUACUGCCCUUAACCCAGAAUACAAUGUUUUUACAGAAUACAUAUGAUGAGGCAGAUUUCAUUUGGCUAUUUUAAUUUCAACAAGGUUUGAUUGAUCCUCUGCAGUUCUGUGGUUGGAAUCGUUUAUCAGUUCCAUGUAGGAUAACGGUACCAACUGUAAUUUUCAGAGCAACGCUAUAGCCACGGUGGCCAGCUUGAUUCGGCGAAUCGUACAUGGGGUGACAAUGGUGGAAAACGAUGUGAAUCUUCACACCAACAAAACCCCAGGCCUCAACCAUUUGGAUUAUUUCCGGUAGAAUUGUUUUGGGGGGACGGGACAAUGUUUUGCUUUGCACGAAGCAUACAAACGUGGACACUCAUAACAAAACUAUAUAGGUAAUAUUUACAUUGGCCAUUCACAAGAUCUAUGCGUCUUGUAUAUGAAUUCGAAGAUAAUUUGCUAAAAACACCGAUCUAUCUUGUUUCUCCUGCUUCAUGUUAAUCCAUUGCAUGCUUUCAGGAGUAUACACACAGCGGUGUGGGGGUAGGUUUUCUUUUAUAAAUGUGAGCCAAACUUUUGGGCAUCACUUUCCCAACAAGGAUUUAUCAUGAAAAAUAGGCCUCAUGUGGUCUCGCGACAGCAACGCAAGAGGCCUAUUUUGGUUCAGCUUGUAGAAUAUACGACCGUGAGACUGCAAACAUUUUUUUUUAAAACACAGUAACACUGAAACCGUCUAAUUGAGAGCUUUUCCAAAAGAUUGUGCACUUGUGGAACUAUUGGCGACUGCUGGAUGGGUUGAUUUGAACUUUACACAAGCCUGUAAAGCCAUACAAUUGAGGCAUCCCCAAAUGCUUAGUGUAAGAUGCAAUUGACAUUGAGCCCAUCGGAGAGCACACCUCCAAAAAUCGUGAAUAUUGCUAAAGUGCCUUUCCCUUGCCAUGUACUGUAUACCCAAGGUAUGUUACAUCUCGACUAACAAAAUACCUUUCAAUGUUUUUUUUUGUUUUGUCGACAAGUUAAUUUGUUUGCACGCACAUCGCAUUCAAAAUGUGACAUGAUCUCAGAUGUAAAAUAGUUUACGUACAAACAUAAAUGACCAGAAUUUUAAGAGCUAGUGAUUGCAUUCAGUAGAGAUGAGUGUUUGCAUGCCGCGUGUUAUGGGUCGCGUUGGACUGGACUGGUUGCAAGUUUGUGCUGUCGUAUUCGUACGCUCCGAUGCUCUCUGGCUUUCGUAUUUAUUCAUUUUCCGCUUCUUUUCACGUGCUUAGUGAAGGGGUCUAACAUUGCCCGCUCUGCCUGUUUACAAACUUUAUGAUACAUAGCCGCAGAGUUUUGUCCGUGCAAUUUUUAGUGUGUGAGUAGAAAAACGUUGUGGAAUAAAAACUAAAACUUACAAUAUAUUCAAUGUUGCGUGGCCACUCUUUAUGUUUUCAAAAG